AUGAGUAAAUUCAGCCUUGAGCUGACUGUGGGGAAUGACUUUCUGAAGCGCAAGUAUUAUAGAUUUGUGGAAUCUGAAAAGAGCUUCUCAUUUUUUUGUAUUUCAGAUGAGUCUCACCUCCUGCUGCUGUCUCGUCUCACUCUAGAGAACUUGGAGAGCGAAGAUUUCCGAGUUCAUGACCCAUGUGCGACAUGGCUAAAUGAGAACGAGGUGUCACUUUGCACACGGGAGGGUCAUGUUUUAAUCCACAAUCUCAGCACCAAUCUAACUACCAUGUUAUUGGACAACAGCACCCUGGAUCUAAAGUCCAUGAGGUUCCAGGUUUCAGCUGAUAAGAAGUUCAUCCUGAUGGCUUAUAAUAUCCACCAUAAUCAUAUCCCAGAGAUACUGCUGAAAUAUCCUGCAUUCUGGUGGGCCAAAGACAGCGCACGCCUGGCAUAUCUGUCUAUUAACAACACAGCAACUCCUUUUAUGGAGAUACAUCACUUCCUGGGUGGGAUCUACCCUUCUAAUGUCCUCUACCCCUAUCCAAAGGCGGGUUCCAGAAUCCCAUCAGCCAGUCUGUUUGUGGUGAAUUUAUACGGUCCAGCACACACAUUAGAGAUGAUUCCUCCAGACUCCCAGAACAGCAGAGAUAGCUACAUCUCUAUGGUGAGCUGGAUAAGCAGCACUCGUCUGACUGUGCGCUGGUUGAAUCGGGUCCAGAACCAGUCUGUGCUGUGUGUGUGUGAGGCCACGACAGGAGCCUGCUCGGAGAGGCACCAAAUGGCGAUGGACUUCUGGCACAACAACCAGCGGCAGGAGGAGCCGUUGUUCACGGCAGAUGGUUCUCUGUUUUACCUCAUCCUGCCUGCCAAUAUGAGCAAACCAUUUCAACUCGAAAGCCUCAAGACUGUGUCCUAUUUUCUGAGUACGGAGGAGUCGCAGCAGAGCAGACACUUACACAGUGUGGAGCUCGGAGGAGUGUUUCAUCGCCAGUGUCUGACAUGCAACCUGUUUGAGCGAUGCAGUGUCUUCAAAGCAGACUUCAGCCCCAAUCAGACAUACUUUACCCUCUAUUGCUUGGGCCCGGGUGUCCCAAAGGUGACCAUUCACAGCACAAGUGACCCUUCCAGAUACACAGUGGUGGAAGACAACAGCCUCCUCGCUAUGUCUCUUGAAACCAAGAGGCUCUCUGAGACAGUUUUCCAGACACUUUCCUCUGACAACAGCGACCUAGAUCUAAAGAUGUCCCUGCCUCCUGGGUAUGGAGGAAACCUGCAUCCUCUCCUUAUUAUCAUUGACAGUAUUCCCGGGAUGCAGUCGGUAACGGAGGAGUUUGCCCUGGGCUGGCCAGAGGUUUUAUCCAGCCUGCAUGGAGUGGCGCUGGCCUGGAUCGACAGCAGCAGCCGGGUCUCGCAGGGACAGAAAAGCAGCACCCUGGACCCUCGCAAGCUCAGUUCCCUCCGCAUUAAAGAUAAGCUUGGAGUCGUGGAAUGGUUAAUGCAGUUGCCGUACAUUGAUGGGAGAAGAAUAGCUGUUUAUGGAAAGGGACUUGGUGGCUAUUUAGGUUUGAAGAUGCUGACAGCAACCGAUCAGAUGUUCAAAUGUGCUGCUGUCAUGGCUCCCAUCACAGACUUCAAGCUCUAUAGUGCUGCCUUCUCAGAAAGAUAUCUAGGCCUUCCAAAUAAAGAGGAGCAUUCGUACAUGGCUGCAUCUUUGUUGGACGACAUUCACAAGCUAAAAAAUAAAAACUUCCUUCUCAUACACGGGACUGCAGACGCACGGGUACAUUUCCAGCACAGCGCUGAGUUGUUGAGUCGUCUGGUGAAGGUAGAGGCCAACUACACCCUUCAGCUGUACCCAGACGAAGGCCACACUUUAAGAGAAGAGCGGACCAACCAACACCUGCACCGCACACUCCUUCACUACCUCCACAACUGCCUCAAAUACGACCCCUUCCUCAACAUAGAGGAGGAAGAGGAGGAGGAUGAAGAGGAAGAGUGAUCUCUUCCACUGUGUCCGUUCUCGGUCCUCAGAGGUGCCCAGUACUGGUGUCUGACUUCAGGAUGCGUUAGUUCUCCAAAGGAAAAAUGAGCAAAAUGGAGAUCAAGAGGACCAAAUUCACCAGCUAUUUACCACAAACUCAAUUUUCCAAUGUUUUAUUUAUUUUUUGUUCAGACUGCAACAGUAAAUGCUUCCUGAGCGUCCAGGAAGAUGCAACACAACUGCUCUGGUUCAUACAGUUUUCAAGUAAAUCACACACAGUAUAAUGACUAAGGGCCCCAUGCAAUCAACAUCUUAAGGCAGUUUAUGUGUAAAAUGGGCAAAAGAUGCAUGCUGAUCAGCCUUGAUGUUGCAGCGCCAUACUGUGGUGAGAGAUGGAUAUUUGUAGACAUGUUUUGUGGAUUGUGAAGUUGAAAAUACUAGUGGUUUACCGAUUCAGUGUUAUUGUUUAACUAUUACUAUACUAUAACUAUUUACUAUAAAAUAGUUUUUUUGUUGUUGAUUGAAA